CCAGAAAACAUAGUCAAAAAAUCCCAAAAAACCCAUUCACAAAGCGGUUGUUUCGUCUCUUCCUUCGCAGAAAAGUCCAUAAAGCAGUAACGACCCCACCAACCCUCCAAUAAAACAUAAAAUGUCCGCUUCUCCUGCCGUCGCCGAGGGUGUUCCCCAGGUUGCCGUCGAGGCUCCUGCCGCCCAGGCUCCCGCGUACAACCCCCCUCCCCAACAGCCUUCCGUGGCUUCCACUCCUUCGGCGUCCCUCUACGUCGGUGAACUCGAUCCCACUGUCACUGAGGCCAUGUUGUUUGAGAUCUUCAACAUGAUUGGCCCCGUCGCUAGCAUCCGUGUCUGCCGUGAUGCAGUCACCCGUCGCUCCCUCGGCUAUGCGUACGUCAACUACCUGAACGUCGCCGAUGGCGAACGUGCGCUGGAGCAGUUGAACUACUCUUUGAUCAAGGGUCGCGCCUGCCGUAUCAUGUGGUCUCAGCGUGACCCUGCCCUGCGCAAGACGGGUCAAGGUAAUGUUUUCAUCAAGAACCUCGAUGAGGCUAUCGACAACAAGGCCCUCCAUGAUACGUUUGCCGCAUUCGGCAAUGUCUUAUCUUGCAAGGUCGCUACCGAUGAGCAGGGUCGGUCUCGUGGCUAUGGCUAUGUCCACUACGAGACUGCCGAAGCCGCCGAGACCGCCAUCAAGGCCGUGAAUGGCAUGCUGCUCAACGAUAGGAAGGUUUACGUCGGCUACCACAUCUCUCGCAAGGAGCGGCAAUCCAAGAUCGAGGAGAUGCGCUCCCAGUUCACUAACCUCUACGUCAAGAAUCUUGACCCCGAGGUUACGCAGGACGAAUUUACUGAGCUGUUCUCCCAAUUUGGCCCUGUCACUUCCUCCAUCGUGCAGGUCGACGAUGAGGGCAAGAGCAAGGGCUUCGGUUUCGUCAACUUCGAGUCGCACGAGCAAGCCCAGAAGGCUGUCGACGCCCUUCACGACUCUGAGCACCACGGUCGCAAGCUCUUCGUCACGCGUGCUCAGAAAAAGGCUGAGCGCGAAGAAGAGCUUCGCAAGUCCUACGAGCAGGCAAAGAUGGAGAAGCUCAGCAAGUACCAGGGCGUUAACCUCUACAUCAAGAAUCUCGAGGACGAUGUUGAUGACGAGAAGCUCCGCGGGGAAUUCGAGCCUUUCGGAAAUAUCACUAGCUGCAAGGUCAUGCGCGACGAAAAGGGCUCGUCCAAGGGUUUCGGUUUCGUCUGCUUUUCUUCUCCGGACGAAGCGACCAAGGCAGUCGCGGAGAUGAACAACAAGAUGAUCGGGUCCAAACCCCUCUACGUAUCCCUUGCGCAGAGGCGCGAGGUCCGACGGCAGCAGCUGGAGAGCCAGAUUGCUCAGCGCAAUCAGAUUCGGAUGCAGCAAGCCGCCGCCGCCGGUCUGCCAGGGGGUUACAUCAAUGCGCCGAUGUACUACCCACCUGGUCCGGGUUACCCCCCACAAGGCGGUCGAGGAAUGAUGGGUUAUGGUAUGCCGCUCCCCUCCCCGUAUGGCCAAGCGCCUCCUCAAGGCUACGGUGGUAUGCCGGGUUAUCCUCGCGGUGCGCCCCGCCCUCCGAUGCCUAGGGAUGGACCUCCCUCGGGUCAGUCGGGCGUCGGACCGCGCUCUAACGGGGUGCCCCCUGUCAAUGGGGUACCUCGCCCUGGCCCUCAGGGUGCUGUGCCGCCCCGUGGUCCCGCCAUAGGCGCGCCUGCCCCUGGUGGCCGCCCACAGCCUUACAAGGGAGCUCCUCCCGCUCGCGCCGGCCCUGCCGCUGGUCAGGCUUCGUCGGCGCCUGCGCCGGCAGCAGAUGUCUCGGGGUUGAAUGCCGCCGUGUUGUCUGCAGCCUCGCCCAUGGAGCAGAAGCAGCUGCUGGGUGAAAUCAUUUACAUGAAUAUAUCCCCCACGCAGCCGGAGCUUGCUGGUAAGAUCACGGGCAUGCUGCUCGAGAUGGACAAUGAGGACCUCAUCAAACUCCUCAAGACCCCCGAUGCUAUGGCGGCGAAGGUGAACGAGGCACUCGCGGUGCUGCACGAGUUUGCGGCCAAAGACGAGGCCGCAGCCAACAACGCUUGAAGACGCUGAGAGGUUUUCGGAGGAAGGGGAUUCAUUUCUCUUUUUCCUUCCCGAACUUCUCAUCGUCUUCAUCUCCAUUCGCUUCGUCUUCUCUCUCUUAGUUGGUCAUCCCGCGACCGCCGCCUCGGCGUGACACCUGUUUUUCUGAAUCGUUUACUCCAAAGGGUCUAGUGGUGGUCGUUCCUUUGUGUACUUUGAAGGAAUAGAGAUGAUGCAACUGCUUUACGAUAUGGUGUGUUCAGGCGUGUGUACGUGUGUACGAAUGUCAUUUGAUGAUGAUGGUGCAUGA